ACCACUCCAAACUAAAAUAACCUGUCCCGUGCAGCCUCUUGGGCUUCCCCGCCACCUUCAGCCACCUCUAGCCGCCCUUGGGCCAUGGAACCACGACGGGCUCAGCCACCGCCUCUCCCUUUGAGAACCACCUCCUCCAACAUCCCCGCCACCCUUCUCAACAGGUAUGAACUCGGUAAAUUGCUGGGCCGCGGCAGCUUCGCCAAGGUUUACGCAGCUCGUUCUCUGACUGAUAACAAGCUCGUUGCUAUAAAGAUUAUCGACAAAACACGCACGGUGGACGAUGCCAUGGAACCUCGGAUAAUAUGCGAGAUUUCCGCCAUGCGCCGCCUCCAGCACCAUCCUAAUAUUCUUAAAAUCCAUGAAGUCAUGGCCACCAGGACCAAAAUCUACCUAGUCAUGGACCUUGCCUUGGGUGGCGAGCUCUUCUCCAAGGUUCUCCACCGUGGUAAACUCAAGGAAUCCAAGGCUCGCCGCUACUUUCAACAGCUCGUGUCGGCUCUUCAUUUUUGCCACCAGAACGGCGUCGCUCACCGCGAUGUCAAGCCGCAAAAUCUCCUCCUCGACGAGAAUGGUAAUCUAAAAGUAUCUGAUUUCGGUCUCUCGGCCUUGGCCAAGGCGCAGAAUGGCGAUGUCCUUCAGACGGCUUGUGGGACCCCAGCUUUCACUGCUCCAGAGGUGAUGGCGCGGCGGGGAUACGACGGUGCGAAGGCGGAUGCGUGGUCUUGCGGAGUAAUUCUGUUCUUUCUACUAUCAGCACAGCUACCCUUCGAUGAUACGAAUCUUGCAGCCAUGUACAAGAAAAUUCAUCGAAGAGAAUAUCAAAUACCUUCUUCUAUCUCAAAACCAGCUAAAUCUAUUAUAACUCAGCUUCUUGACCCAAAUCCCACGACAAGAAUGAGCAUAGUAGGACUAAUGAAUCAUUCUUGGUUCCUGAAGAAUUAUGAAUUACCAACUCAAAGUAGCAUGUUCGAAUUGGAACACACAAAAUAUUGUAAAUUUGAUACUAGAAGUGUUAAUGCGUUUGAUAUAAUAUCUUUAUCUUCGGGGUUGGAUCUAUCCGGCCUUUUUGAGGUUAAAGGUAGGAGAGAGAAGAGAUUUACUUCAAGGGAGACGGUGGAGAGAAUAGCGGAGAGACUGAGAGAGGUUGGUGGGAGAUUAGGAUAUAGAGUUGAGGAAGGAAAGGGUGGGGCAAUUGGGUUGGGAAAAGGAAGGGUCGUUUUGAUGUUGGAGAUGUUGGAAAUAUCAGAGAACUUAUUGGUGGUGGAAGUGAAGGUGGUGGGGGGUGAUGGGGUGGAAUUUGAGGAGGUUCAGUGGGGGAAAUUGAAGGAUGGGCUUCAAGAUGUUGUUCUUCAAUGGCAUAAUGAUGCUAUGUGAAAAGAGGAGGAUGUAUGUAUUUUCCUGAAAGCAUAUGGGAGGAUGCUCUGAUGGAAAAUGGUUGAACGCUGGCUGAUCAUUGUACGUGGGACAAUUCUGUAGUUUCAGCCUAGAUCUUUAGUGUUAAUUAUAAUAGCUAGAUUGGAUCGUGAUCCUUCUUAUUCUAAGCUUGUAAAUGCAGUAUUAAUUUAGUUUGAUUGAGAUUUGAUUUU